UCUCCCGAUCGAUCGAUCACUUUCUAUGGCAAUGGCACAUUUGGCAGAGACGUACGCGUGCGUGCCGGCGACGGAGCGGGGGCGGGGGAUACUGAUAUCCGGUGACCCGCGCUCGGACACGAUCGCGUACUGCAACGGGCGAUCGGUGAUCAUCCAGCAGCUGGGGGCGCCGCUGGAGGUGUCGAUCUAUGGGGAGCACGCGUACCAGGCGACGGUGGUGCGGUUCUCACCCAACGGCGAGUGGGUCGCCACCGCCGACGUUUCGGGCGUCAUCCGGAUCUGGGGGAGGCACGGCGACCGCGCACUCAAGAACGAGUUCCGCGUCCUCUCCGGCCGCAUCGAUGACCUACAGUGGUCGCCCGAUGGCCUCCGGAUCGUCGCCUGCGGGGAUGGCAAAGGAAAGUCCUUCGUGCGGGCCUUCAUGUGGGAUUCAGGUACUAAUGUUGGGGAGUUCGAUGGACACUCAAGAAGGGUAUUGAGUUGUGCGUUUAAGCCAACUAGACCAUAUCGAAUUGUCACAUGUGGUGAAGAUUUCUUGGUAAACUUUUACGAAGGUCCACCCUUCAAAUUCAAGCUUUCCCAUAGGGAACAUUCAAACUUUGUUAAUUGUGUACGGUUUUCUCCUGAUGGAAGUAAGUUCAUCACUGUGAGCUCAGACAAGAAGGGACUUAUAUAUGAUGGAAAAACUGGAGAAAAAAUUGGUGAAUUGCCCAUGGAAGAUGGUCAUAAAGGUAGCAUAUAUGCUGGAAGCUGGAGUCCUGAUAGUAAACAAGUUCUGACUGUAUCUGCUGAUAAAACUGCUAAAGUAUGGGAGAUUAUGGAGGACGGAUGUGGCAAACUGAGGAGAACAUUGGAAUGUCCUGGUUCCGGGGGAGUGGAUGAUAUGCUUGUUGGUUGCCUGUGGCAAAAUGACUAUCUUGUCAUAGUUUCUCUUGGUGGAACAAUCACAAUAUUCUCAGCCAGUGAUCUAGAAAAAUCACCAGUAUCAUUUUCUGGACAUAUGAAGAGCAUCACCUCUUUGGUUUGUCUUCUUCAAGGUGGUCAGAAAGUCUUUUUGUCUAGCAGUUAUGAUGGUAUUAUUACAAGAUGGAUACAAGGCACUGGUUAUGUUGGUAAGUUAGUUAGAAAGGGAAGUAGCCAAAUUAAAUGUUUGGCUGCAGUUGGAGAAGAAAUCAUGACUUCAGGUUUUGACAAUAAGGUUUGGAGAGUUCCUCUAAAUGACGAUCAAUGUGGGGAUACAGAACCAGUUGAUGUUGGGUCUCAACCAAGGGGAAUAGCAGUUGCACUUCAGAUCCCUGAACUAGCAUUGGUUUCAAUUGAUUCAGGAGUUGUCAUGCUGCGGGGUCUAAAAGUAAUUUCAGAAACAAAACUAGGAUAUGCUGUGACAACAUCUGCAAUUUCACCUGAUGGGACUGAGGCUGUUGUGGGUGCUGAAGAUGGAAAACUACACAUUUAUAGCAUUACUGGAGAUGCUCUUACUGAGGAAGCUGUUCUUGAGAAACAUCGAGGAACUAUUACUGCUAUAUGUUAUUCCCCCGAUGCUUCCAUGUUUGCUUCAGCAGAUUCCAAUCGAGAAGCUGUGGUUUGGGAUCGGGAAUCUCGAGAGGUAAAGUUGAAGAACAUGUUGUAUCAUACUGCACGUAUAAAUUGCCUGGCGUGGUCUCCUGACAACCACUUGAUCGCCACCGGCUCGCUCGACACCAGCGUAAUAGUGUACGAGCUGGACAAGCCUGCAUCCAACCGGAUCACGAUCAAGGGAGCUCACCUCGGAGGGGUGUAUGGAGUAGCUUUCGGUGACGAGAACAGUCUGAUCAGCGCAGGAGAAGAUGCAUGCGUCCGAGUGUGGAAAAUAGAGCCACAGUGAUCGACUUGCACCGAUGGCCGAACCGUCGCCUUCUUUUGGAUUGCAGUUUUCUCAACAGGUUUGCAGUCUGCUUUUGUAUUUACUCACUCUAAUUUUGAUCGUUUGUGAUUGAUUGAGAAAAAUUAUUAUUUUCCAUUAUGGUAAAUAUGUUGUGGUGCGUAAUUGCAUAAAAUUAGCUA